AAGCUUUUGCAGCUUGAAGCAUGCAGUGCUUUGGUUCUCCAUCGCAGCGAUUGGUGGCUUGUGCAUCAACCCUCAACGGAGUGCGACCACCAAAGUUUGGGAACUGUCAUUUUGGAGGCAUCUGUGGGCAAGCAAGAGAUGUUUUCAUUUGUAGCGCAGUGGCCUGUGCAGCCCGCGGCCGUAGGAGAUCUCCUCCAAAGGGUGGUGGCACUCAACCGGUCAGGAUCAAAGAUGUUGAUGUGUUGGAUCUUGCGCAGGACACAGUGCUGAGAUUUGUGGAAAGGGACGGUUACCCGGUGAUUCGAGAAUUGAAAUUUGUGGAGCAGAGCGAAGACGAGGAACUUCUUGUUCCAGGGCCUCCUCACAGAAAUUUGAAAUUGGGGCCUCACAAUUGGGCGCCCCGCCACAGCCCAGAUGAGGCACAUCGUUUGUUUUACAAACUGGCGCUGGGGGGUCAUUGCUCCGAAGUGUCCUACUUGUAUUUGGAGCUCUUCAAUGCUGUUAAAAGUGGGGUCAGACACCGUUUGGUCUUUAGAGGACAAAAAAUCCAGGACAUGAAGCUAUGUGUUGGCUUUGUCACUCAUAAAUAUAGAAAACUCACGCUGGCAGAGGAUUUUGGCAGGAACUAUUGGCAACACUCUCGAGAGGUGCAUUGUGGUGCACGAAACCAUGUCUGGCUGGAGUUUUCCACGUUUUGCGAGAACGGAGACUUUGUGCUUGACCUGACAGGAAUCCAGUUUGACAUGACUGGGUCCAAGGAUAUGAAGUACAUACAUGUUUGUCAAGCCUCAGAUCCCAAAUAUAAGAACUAUCAAAAAUGCUAUGACAUUUCAUCAAAACGAAUGCCCGUCCAUUUCCUUCAUUGGGCAAUGCCCCGGGGUAUGAGCGGAAACUCUGUGCUUCGCAUGGCUGCUCGUUUUCUGGAAAGGACAAGUUGGAUGCGUCCUGAUCCUGGAGGUAUUAUUGCAUUGCGUGUUUACCUCAUGUUUACUAGAGUUUCGACGGGUGUGUUUGAUUUGCCCACAAUUGAAGCCGUUUGUGACUUGAGCAUGGAAGAAGUUAGAUUGAAGGAAGUUUUCGCAGCCCGAGAAAUGGCAUCAAGGCUGGGUGUAGCAAAUCCAUAUGACUCACAGCCCAAUGACGGCUGCACCCUGAUGUAGCGCAGAAACAUGGCGUACAGUGACUAGCUUACAGGUUUUUUUAAAGCUUUGGCGGCCAAA